AAGGUGAGUUCAUCUGAUCCUCAUACUGUGAUCCUCAGCAUGUGUGUAAAGCGUGAGUUCAUCUGAUCCUCACACUGUGAUCCUCAGCAUGUGUGUAAAGCGUGAGCUCAUUGUGAAUGCUUCACACUCCGGUCCAGUUGGCGGUGGUAAAUGCACCAUCUAAGCUGGUCUUCCAACCACCAUAAAACAUGUAAAGAAGAAGAAAAAGUUGUGCAUGGUAUUGUUACACCGGAGAAAUGGUGAGUGGCCUAUUUACAUACUUUUAGAUGUGCAAUGUGGUCUGGUCUUUUUUUUUUUUUAGCAGAGUACUACUCACACAUUCUACAUGUGCACCAGCCAUUUUAUCUUCAGUAAUCAAACCAAAAUUGCUAGCUGCAGCUAGUUUGCAUAUCAGUAUUUGUGAAUUGUUAGGCCUGUUAUGUCAGAUCAUUACAACAUUACUAACUUUAUAUUUCAAUAUAUUAAUUCUUUUUUAUUUAUACUUAUAUUUCAAUAAUUAACAAGCACUGUAAAACAACAGUAAGCAAGAAUGCUGCACUGGUGGAAUAGCGUAAACUAUCAUUGCUCUUUGGAUAAAAAGAUGAAGUACGCCUACUCUUAGACACUCAUAUUAAAGAUAAAAAGCCUUAUUUCACCACGCUAUAUGACUAGUUUUUUAACAACAACUUCUAUCUGCGGAACUGUAGCUGUUUUAUGUUAAAAGCUUCAACGUCACUUCCCAUUUACCAAAACUCAAAGUGACUGACAUUCAUCCUCUUAUUAACAUAACAAGCAACUUUACCCAGACAUCAGAUGCAACACUACAUCAUUAAGAAUGUAAAGUGUAGAUCUACAAAAGUGUAGUUUAAAGUACUUUAUGAUACACACUUUCUUUAGGAUACACAACAAUUGUCCAAAGAAGACUUCUUAAAAAAUUAUCAAAUACAGUAAUCAGUGAAAGUGGCUAAGGUUGUCUUCUCAAACUAAAAAAAAUUGUAAAAGAUUUAUGUGUUUCAUAUAAUGUUUUACUAAUACAGAAGUUCUUUUUGGCCUGUUAGGAUUUGGAAACAAAAAUUAAGGCAUUGAAAAGACAGCAACAAAAAGCUCGUAGAAAAUCAAAAAAGAUCAUUUUGGCUGUUCAGAAAAAAAAUGAAAACACUUCUGAUAGUGAACACUCCUCCAGAGAACUUGAAUCAGACUACUCAGGAAAUAUGCUGAAUGUUGUGGAGCAGCAUCAAAAUGAAGACUUGCAAGAACAGUAUGAUUCAGAAUCACAACAGAAUGCCAUAAUUAAUAUGCAAGAUCAAGUGCUAUGGUAUGAAAUUGAUAGACUAAAUGAUUCCAUGGAUGUUACCAGUGAAAGUAACUCAGAGCUAGCUUUGUCUCUGGAGAAAAAGCUGAGUGGGCAAUGAAAUUCAACAUCUCCAUGACCUCUCUCACUCAUUUGCUUAAGAUUUUUAAGGAACAUGACAUUGAUGUUCCAGCAGACGGACGAACACUAUUGAAAACACCUCGUUCUGGCAGUUUGAGAAUAACAGAAAAAUCAGGUGGCAAAUACACAUAUUUUGGAUUAAAGGAAGGUCUUACACAUACUCUGUCUGAGCAAGACACUUCAAAAUACGACCACUUUGAGAUUUCUUUGAAUAUUGAUGGCCUACCCAUUUUCAAGUCCAAAAACCUCACAAUGUGGCCACUUCAGUGUGCUGUCAUCAACGUUGAUGAAGUGAAAAACAGUCCUUUCGUUGUUGCUCUGUUUUCUGGAGCAAAGAAACCAAGUGAUUUGGAGUUUUUGAGGGAUUUUAUGGAGGAGCUGCAAGAACUGAUGGAAACAGGCUUUAAAGGGAAGAGAAUUGUCCUCAAAAACAUCAUAUGUGAUGCACCAGCACGAGCCCUCAUCAAAGGAAUAGUUCAGUUUAAUGGCCGCUAUGGCUGUGACUUUUGUGAUGUAAAGGGAGUUCAUGAGAGCAAAAUGCUUUUUUUGUAUAAAGGAAAUCUCAGAACCAAUGAGUCAUUUAGACAGAAGACAAAUCCUGAACAUCACAAAACAGAUAGCAUUCUUUUGAAUCUGGACAUUGAUAUGAUCAGGAAGUUCCCAAUAGAUCCCAUGCAUUGUGUAGAUCUAGGAGUGACUAAGCGAAUGUUGAUGCUGUGGAAAGAAGGACCUUUGGCCCAUAGAUUAUCAGAUGGACAUCUUAGCACCAUUACUUAUUUUCAUCAAGCUGUCCGACAUCACAUACCUCCUGAAUUCAAUAGGAAACCCAGGGGGUUAGAUGAACUGAAGCACUGGAAAGCAACUGAAUUCCGAACAUUUUUGCUUUAUACUGGACCAGUGAUUUUGAAAUAUGUUCUUGAUAAGAAGAAGUAUAUUCACUUCCUUUCACUUAGUAUUGGAAUGCGCAUCUUGUACAGUGAAAACCUAAUGGAGCAUCGUGAUUAUGCAGAUGAGCUGUUAACAUAUUUUGUUGAAAAAGGUAGCAGCCUGUAUAGCAUGAGUUUCAUCUCAUAUAAUGUGCAUUGCUUGCUACAUCUCACUGAUGUUGCAAAUUACAACAGAUCAUUACACUAUUGUUCAGCGUACAAGUUUGAGAACAAUAUGGGUCAAAUCAAGAGGUUUAUCCACGGUUCAAGUGAUCCACUGAUUCAAGUAGCUAACAGAUUGGCAGAGAGGCAAGCAAUAUCAAGUUCUAAGAAAUCAAAUGUUACCUCUGGUACGCCAAAGACAAAAGAAUGUUACAGAAUGACCAAUGAUAGCUACUGCCUUAUACAUGGAGUUCAAGAAAAUCUGAUUUUUUGUGAGGUUUUUUGCAGAAUGGAACCUUUGUACACUAAGCCAUGUGACUCCAGAAUAAUUGGCAUAUUCAAAGGAUUUCGGGAUCACACUAAAAUGUUACAUACUGACACCACUCAACUGACACAUAAAGCAAUCAUGAUACCUUUGUGAUUGAUAAAGAUGAUUACAAUGCGGUAGCGCUUGUACCGCUCAUGCAUUCAGUUUGAUUAGUUAGUCAAGUAAGUCAGUAAGGCAGGGUUUUUGCCUUUUUUAUUGCAUGUUAUCCUGAUUUUGAUCCAAAGACUAUGAAUAAUGUGUGUGUGUGUGUGUGCGUGUGUGUGUGCAUGUG